UCCCGCUUCACAGUGCUUUCCAGCCCUCUCUAAGCAGUUUACAGAGUCAGCCUCUUGCCCCCAACAAUUUUGGGUCCUUAUUUGACCCACCUCAGAAGGAUGGAAGGCUGAGUCAACCUUGGGCUGGUCAGGAUCGAACUGCUGGCAAUAAGCAGAGUUAUCCUGCAAUACUACGUUGCACCACCAGGGCUCCUUCCCUUAAAUCUCUCCCCUUCCUGGACAGGGGGCCUCCCUCCUUCCCAUUGGAGAAGGCUGUUGCUGGGGUCCCUGCCUUUAUUGCUGCUUUUCCUGUUGUCCACAAUGGCUACAUCCCCACAAAGGAAGUCUGCAUUGUGCUGCAGAGUACAAUCUGUUUAUGGGUCCCUUUUCCUAUUUCCCAUACUCUUUCUUCUCUCUCUCUUUCUUCUCUCUCUUUCUUUCUCUCUUUCUUUCUUUCAUCUCUCUCUCUCUCUUUCUUCUCUCUCGCUUCUCUCUCGCUUUCUUUCUCUCUCGCUUUGUCUUCUCUUUCUUUCUUCUCUUUUCUUUCUUCUCUUUCUUCUCUCUUUCUUCUCUCUCUCCCUCACUUUUCUUCCUUCUCUUUCUUUCUUCUCUCUCUUUCUUCCCCCUUUCUUUCUUCUCUCUCUCUUUCUUCUCUCUCUUUCUUCUCUCGCUUCUCUCUUUCUUCUCUCUCUUUCUUUCUUCUCUCUCUCUUUCUUCUCUCUCUCUCUUUCUUCUCUCUCGCUUCUCUCUCGCUUUCUUUCUUCUCUCGCUUUCUGUCUUCUCUUUCUUUCUUCUCUUUUCUUUCUUCUCUCUUUCUUCUCUCUCUCCCUCACUUUUCUUCCUUCUCUUUCUUUCUUCCCCCUCUUUCUUUCUUCUCUCCCUGCUUUUCUCUUCUCUCUUUCUUCCCCCUUUCUUUCUUCUCUCUCUCUUUCUUCUCUCUCUUUCUUCUCUCUCGCUUCUCUCUUUCUUCUCUCUCUUUCUUUCUUCUCUCUCUUUCUUUCUUCUCUUUCUCUUUCUUUUCUCUCUUUCUUUCUUUCCCCCUCUCUCUCUUUCUUUCUUUCUUUCUCCUCUCUCUCUCUCCUCUUUCUCUCUCUCUCUUUCUUAUGUCUUUCUCUCUCUCCUCUCUUCUCUCUCCUUCCCUUCUGCUCUGGUUUUCCAAUUAAGUGUUUCUAAUGAGGUCGCACCUUCUGUAGCCCUGAUUAAAGGUAUGGCUGUUGCUUGGUCAUUCCUGGAAAAGAAGCCAAGGAAGGAGAGAGAGGAAAAAUAUUACGCACGAAGUUCGCUCCUUAGGUUGCAUCAUUUCCUAGCUGUGACAUCCGCCCUUCUCGCAAAGGGAGCCGUCCAUCGUUUUUGUCUCCACCAAGGGACCAAUUGUGUCCUUUGACCAGCUAAUUAUGAACCGGAGCCAGCUCAGAAAAGACCGUUUGACCUGGUUCUCCAUGGUGGCAGAAUCAUAGAAAGCCUCUCCAGGAUGAGUCCGAGUCUCGGCUCCUCUAGCUCAGAACGAUGUAGAUUGAUUGAUGGAUGAUCUUCAGGGUUUCAACCCUGAUCUAGAGGCCCUAGCUCACUUUUUUUUUCAAACUGGGCAAUUUUAAGAGGUGUGCAUUUCAAAUCGGGGAAUCAAUGUUCAUGCUGGUUGGGAAAUUCUGGGAGCUGAAGUCUAAUCAUCUUAAAGUUGCAUGCUGGCUGGAGAAUUCUGGGAACUGAAAUCCACUCAUUUUAAUGUUGCAUGAUAACUGGGGAAUUCUGGGAGCUGAAAUCCACCCAUCUUAAACUUAAAACUUGCAUGAUGGCUGGGGGAUCCUGGGAGUUGAAGUCUACAUCUCUUAAAGUUGUCAAAUUGGAAAAACAGUGGGAUAAACCCACCUUCCCCAGCCAUUCUCCAGCUUUGACUCUCUUUCUCUCUCUCUGUACGAGAGGCUUGUUCCUAGCAAGUGAACCGAACUAAAACUGGUUCAUCUCGUUUGCUGAACUGCGGAUAGUUUUGUACGUCCUUUCAUAACAAUGACAACAUUCAAUAGCAAUUUUGCAGGCAUGUUUAAAAUCAGCCGCAGACUAAUUGUGCUCAAAAUGCAGAUGCUUAACUCAAUUAAACGUUGUGUAACUGCGAACUGGAAUGAAAUGGACUGGAUCCCAAUCCAUUCAGCGAUUAAUUUUGAAAAGGAGCCGAUCCAAUUUUAAUGCUCCUCGUGGUGAGGGGGGGGUGGCGUUUCAACAGAAAACCACAUCAAAGAAAUCUACAAGUCCCCCUCCUUGGUGUAACUUUGAAUUUAACAGGAGAACAGAGUUGCAAGGGACCUUGGAGGUCUUCUCGUCCAACCUCCUGCUCAGCAGGAGACCCUCUACCACUGAUGGCUAACCUUUUCGCCAUCACGUGCCAAAAGUCGGGGGGAGCACAGGGAGUUGCCUGUGUGCGUGCCCAUACCAAUAAUUCUUUGUUCCCUCCCCCACAAUAACACUGUGGCUCAAGAUAGAUAGAUAGAUAGAUAGGUAGGUAGGUAGGUAGGUAGGUAGGUAGGUAGGCAGGUAGAUAAGAUAGAUAGAUGAUAGAUAGAUAGAUAGAUAGAUAGAUAGAUAGAUAGAUAGAUAGAUAGAUAGAUAGAUAGAUGAUAGAUAGAUAGAUAGAUAGAUAGGUAGGUAGGUAGGUAGAUAAGAUAGAUAGAUAGAUAGAUAGAUAGAUAGAUAGAUAGAUAGAUAGAUGGAUGAUAGGUAGGUAGGUAGGUAGGUAGAUAAGAUAGAUAGAUAGAUAGAUAGACAGACAGACAGACAGACAGACAGACAGACAGACAGACAGACAGACAGACAAAGAUACCAAUAGCAAUAGCCCUUAGACUUAUAUACCGCUUUACAGUGCUUUGCAGCCCCCUCUAAGGGGUUUACAGAGUCAGCAUCUUCUCCCCCCACAAUCUGGGUCCUCAUUUUACCGACCUCGGAAGCACGGAAGGCUGAGCCAACCUUGAGCCUGAUGAGAUUCGAACUGCCGAAUUGCAGUCACCCGGCAGUCAGCAGAAUUAGCCUGCAGUACCGCACUCUAACCACUGCGACACCAUGGCCCAGUGGAUGGAUUGGUAUUUGUCACGGCUGUUCAGGAACAGCUUCCUCUUCUUUUAAUGUAUUUAUUUGUCACGGCCACACAGCUUCUUUCUCCUGCGAUUCCU